AUGCAGCUGGAACGCAAUUGCAGUAACAAGUGUCAAUCCAAGUGUUAUCAGAGUGGAAAAUAAUCGAAAUUUCGAGUGUUAAGAAUAAAGUAAUAAAUCAUGGAGUCAGCGGAUGAAUUUGUGGAAAUAUUCAUGAGAAAUUGGAGGGAGGGGAAUGACAAGGAGCUGGCGAGGUUAUUUAAGGAGGGCCCGAGGUACUUCCGGAACCUGUCGAGUGCCGAAAUAGGUCUCCUCCUGGAGGGCCUCCUGGACAAGAAAGCCCUCCCGAAGUACCUCCACGACUCCCUGGACCAGCUGAAGAUCCCCACAGACACCGAGUCAGCGCUGCGCGAGGGCUUCACCCUCCUCAAGUACCUCCUCUCGACCUUCCCCAGCCUCUACCAGCCGUACCUGCAGACGACCUUCGAAAUCUGCGAAUUCGGUGUAAAACUGAAGAUCCCCCACCACACGAAACGCUCGGCCUGCCAGGCCCUGAUGACCCUGAUCAGAGUCUUCCCCGACUACACGUCAGGUCUCAACGACUUCACAUCCUUCUACACCCGAAGGCGCCACCUCUACAAGAAAACCGAGUACCCGAUGAUCCUCCAGGUGCUCUGCACGAUCGCUCGCCACCACCCGGACCUUCCAGCAGUCUCCUCCAACGGGCAGAGGCAGCAGCUGAGAGUCUUCGAGGACUUCAAUGAAGCCUGCAACAGCACGACUGGCGGUAUCACCAACGUGGAGAUGGCCAUCAACUCCCUAACCGACGUUCUCCAUAACUUUCCGUUUCCUGGGCCCGUUCUCGCCAGAGACUUCUACGACCAACUGAAGAGUAUCUCCCCAGCCGCAGCGGCCAGGGGCAGGGGCCUCAUCGAGUCCAUCCUCCUCUUCCUGAGGGAACACCUGCAGAAAUUCGAGUCCUUCAUCCUGGAGGACCACGACUUCUGGCAUUCCUUCCUGCAGCGCCUCCUCCAGAACGAGUUCCUGGCUCCUCUGGUGACGGAAACCCUCAAGGUCUACUACGAAGUCCUGGCAGACGUCCUGAAGCGCGACAACUCCUCAGAGGCCCUAACGAUCCUGCAUAAUCUCCAGGAGACAUUCGUGAACGCCUUGACAAACGCAGGAGUGACUCCCCAGAACCUCAGAAUCUCCAUCAUGGGGUACAGCCAGCUAGCAGAGCCCCUGAAGCGUCUGGUGGACGAGGCAGCUGUGAAUGAGAUGUUCUCCCUCAUCUCCAGGAGAAUCCUUCCCUUGUACUUCACCGAAGACGACGAAAUCCAGUUCGAAGACAUUGCUGACUACCAGGAGGCCCUGGCCCGAGUGCUGCCACAACUGUCUGUCAUCGCAGACGAUCACAUCAGGAUUCUCAUGAAGAUGUGCAUUCUGAUGAUCAAGAGAUUUCCAGAACUGAAGCCAAAGGCUCGGAUGCAAGCUGGUGAGUCCCUGAAGAGGACGAUUGAGCACAUGAGUCACCUGAAGGUUCACCUCUUUGAGGAGUUUCUCUCCAAUGUCGUCUAUGAGGGAGUCGUCUGGAGCUGCUCCCACAGUCUUCUGAUCGAUGUUGAGCUUAAGCACCUGGAGAACCCCUGGAAACGGCUCAUCACUUACAAGGACUACAUCCCACUGUGGCAGUCCCUCUUGAGCCCUGAAAACUACACGAUGAAUAAUCAAGAGAAGGUGUGCAACCAACUCCUGACCACUUGCAUCAGUCUAACGUCAAAACUGGACGUCAGGAUAAAGACCAGAGAGGACAACGUCUUCUCGGAUAUCGGUGUUUCCCAGGUACCAGAGAAUGAGGACGACUUCAGGAUCUUCUUGAACCUGGUGGACCUCUACGAGGAGCUACUCCCGAAGAUAAUUGAGUCCUCAGAGGACGUGAAGAAGCUCCUGGAGAGUCUCAUCACGACCUCGAGCAAGCACCCCCUGGUUUCAGGAUUCUACAGACUGGUGAGAAGAUCCCUGAGUGCCUCCCAGUCGUUCACCCCCUCUGAGACCCUCCUGAUCCUGAAUUACCUCAGGAGAACCUUGAAGCUGGUCUUCGAGCUCUCCCACGAGCUCCAGAUCUCCUGUAUUCAACUGAUUCUGCAUUCCCCGAAGGAUUUUACAAAGGAUUUGCUGCCCCACAUCGGUCCAGUCUUCACUCUGGCCUUUAGAAUAGGUUUGAAUAACUACGAGCUGGCUGACAGUGCCCUCGAGGACCUGGAGAGAUUCGUCACCUGUGGGGACGAGGAGCCAGUGAGGACUCUUCUCCUGGAGGUUCUCCCCACCCUCGAGGUCUACCUCCGCAGCAAGGAGAGCCUCGAGCUCCACGAGGACUCGAAAUCCCCAGUACAGCGGACAGCGAGGACCGAGAGUGCCCUGGGCCCCCUCCAGAACAAGAUCCUCCUCUUCUUCGGGAGAAUCAGCAACUCUGUGAUGCUGGAGUUCCUUCACAAGCAGUCUCAGAACACCGGAGGCACCUGGGAUAGGAAGAACCUGCUGGAGUACACGAUGACCUUUCCAGAUGGCGACCUCCCAGUGCACCUCGACACAAUCCUCCCGAGGAUAAUCGAUUUAUCUUUAUGCUGCAGUGACGUGAGCACCAGAAUCUCCGCCUGCGAGGCCCUCCACUCCAUCGUCAUCAUCAUCCUGGGGAAGACUGUUUAUUACAUCUCCAACGAGCCUGAGCGCUACGCCUCCUUCUACAAGACCCUCUGUCCAGUGCUUCUCAAGCUCGGUUGUGACCCUGAUCAAGUCAUCAGACAGAUCUUCAACCCCCUCAUGCUCCAGAUGACUCACUGGCUGAGCUCCAGGCUCAUGCUGCACUCACCUGUCAUUGGAUUCCUGAUGGAGUGCAUCUUCGAGGGCCUCUGCAACUCUGAUUCCUCCAUCAAGGACUUCUCCGGAAUUUGUCUCGCCGAGUUCUCCAGGUGGUCCAUUAAACAAGCCACAGACACUGAUUUAAGGAGAAUUCCUGUUAACAUUCAUAAUGUCGUGGAGAACAUCAAGAACUUUGCUCUUCAUCCCUUGAAGAAUAGAAAGGUGGCUGCUGCCAUAGCCUUCAAUCAUAUCUACAAGAUACUGAGGGAGAACGAGGAGAUCGUUGACAUCUUCUGGCUGGAGUUCCUCCAGUGCUUCGUGGAGGCAAUGGAGCACUGCGGGGAUGCCAGGAUCAGGGGUGCCCUGAACCAUGUGGUGAGGGUUCUCUCUGAGAAACCUGGGAUUUUUCGGGAGUGCUCGGCUAGAAGGAGAGUCCCCAGGUGUUUUGGGGAUGGAAACUUGAAGAGUUGUGUGGAGUUCUUGUUGAAUCACUGCAUCAGUCUGGACGAAGCUGCCAGGAGGAAGUGCAUGAAGCUUUACGAACGAUUGAACGAUAAGAUCGAAGAUCAUGAACAGUACCUGAAGAUCCAGACUGUGAUGCUGACCAAGUUGGAAGUGUCAGGUGUGGGGGCUGGGGAAGGUGUGAGAAGGUUCACAGCUACUCUGGACGUCUACGUGUGGCUUCUCCAAGGAGGUUUCAUCGACCCACAGGUGCUCCUGGUGGAUUCUCACCCCCAGAAUGUCUCGAUCUUCUCUGCAAUCGAGAAAUUCAUCGCUAGGGUCAAUCGAGAUGGUCUUGACGAGCCUGCAGCGGUGAUCAAGCUCAUUGAGUUCAUGGUUGAAGUCCUGGGGUGUCGAUUGUCGAGUGAAGAAGAGGUUCACGACGUCCUUUUCAACGAGGAAUUCUGCACUUUGAUCUCUAGAUGUGUGAGGCAGCCAGAAGCCCUUGGAUUCAACGUCAAAUACCUCGAGAUGGCCCAGUUACUACCCAGGAAGAUUGAGAGGCUGGUGGAGAGUUUGGUCGAGCACUUGUCGAAGGAGAGAUUGCAGUCAGUUUUUAGAGCCCUGAACUUUCGGUUCGAUGAUCUGUCAGUGGCGAUGAACCACCUGGACCUAAACUCCACUCAAAGAAUCUCUCUUCAAAACAAAUUGAAGUGCUUAAUCUUUAUGAAGCGAUGUAAAUUGCUGGAGACGUUGCAGUUGAACGAGAAAAUUCUGCAGAAUAAUUUGCUGGUGAUCGGGCACAUCUUCGCGGAGGUGAGGAUAUUCGAUGCGAGGAGGUACUGGUGCAGAGAGCUGGCACCAGACGUGAAACUCCACUACGAGGGUCUGUUGGAGCUGUCGCUGGACGACGAAGGGUUCGCCAGUUUCGUCAGGUCGAGGGGCAAACAGAUCGACGAGUUGCUGGAGUGCGAUGGAAAGUCCCAGAUGACCCAUGGGGAAUACUUCAUCAUCACCUUCAGAGACGUCAUCAUUCGCUACCUCUUGAGAAACAUUGACACUUCCCUGGAGAUGAUGGUGAAUUUAUCGAGACAAUUUCCUGACUUUGUGCUGUUCGUCAUGAACGAGACAGCCACUUGGCUCCAGAGACACAGGAAAGAUCACCGGAGAUCAGCUGAGGAGUUCUGUGACGCAGCAAUUUCCAGCUUUCAGCAUUUCCGAAGGGCCUCGAACAACUUUGAAACCCGAAAAAAGUUGCUGAAGAACAUCUACAGAACAGCAGUUCGACUGAAGCAGGAUCUGAUAAACAUCAAGGUGGCGAACAAGGAGAUGUAUUACUGGAUAAUCGAGGAGUUCCAGGGGAGUGCCUCGAUUCCAGAGAAAACCCAAAUCCUGAACGACUUCCUGGUCUGCCUGCUGACUGAAUCCGACGAGAAUACAGAGCUGAGGGUCAUCUUCAGAUCGUUCGACAUUCCCGAAGUCCCAGAGGGCUCUGAUGGCCUUCUAAAACGGAGUCUGAAGUCUGCAGAAGUUCUCGAGUACUUCCAGACGCUGAUGGCAGCCCUCCCAAUCACAAAGUCUCUGGUGAUCCUGGAGGCAGUGACGAUUUGUGCGAUGAAACUGGGCAAAUGCGUGUCGACUAAAUCCACGAGUGAUCACUUGGCAGCUUAUUUCUCCUUGAUACCUCGGGCUACAGCCCUCGAGUCCCUCCAGAGGAUCCACAAGAUGAUCCUGGAUCCAUCCUUCCCAGGGAGGAGACCAGAUGUCUUGAGGUACUUCUUCCUCCCAGUGUUCAAGUACUGCGAAGAGGACGUCGUCCACGACUUCUUCGAGAGGAACAUCAAGGAGCUGGUGAUGAGCCUCACAGGGGAACUCCCAGGAAACCCCGAGGAUAGACGUCUCAUGGUGAUCACGUGGAUUGAAGCCUUCAGUCUCCUGGAAGUCAUGUUCUCCACGUUGAGCAUCGACAGGAUAAACGGUCCAAUAGCGAGAAGAGUCUCCGAAGUGACACGUUCAAGUUCUGAUGUUUUUCUCCAGCUGUACAAGAAGACCCUCGACGUCAGGACAAUGCCAGUGAAUCCCAGCGAGAAGUUUCUCAUGAGACUGCUGCACUGUGCUGCCUUCAACUGUGGUAUCACCAUGGUAAGUGUCUCCAACGAGGAGAAGUACCUCCUGGGGCUGUUCGGUGAGAAUGCACCGCUGGACAAAAUCAUCUGGAAGAAGAUAAUCGACUGUUCGAAGAAUUACUCACUGACUCAGACGUUCAAGGAGCUCCCCAAGCAGCGAGAUGUGCUCGUGAACAUCAGGAAGACAAUGACGAUGAGGGAAACUUCGUCCAGCCACUCGUACCUGAGGAGCUACAACCUGGCGUCUUCAACGUUGACUGAGGACAUCGGAGCUUACGACAUGCACACGGUAAUUCCAUUGGCAGAGCCCUCGACCUCAAGACUGCUGGUGACACUGGAAUCCGAUGACCUGAAUGAUCACGAGUGCAUGGCUCCCAUCGUCGGGGUGUUAAAAUACCUCUCUGAGAUUCAUCCAUGUGACCCAGACAAACCCCCGCCCUGGUUCAAGUACUUCGCCGGAGCCAUGUCCAUAGGCGAGAGGAAUGUGAAGCUCUUCUUGCUGAAAAUUGUUUUAAACACUCAAGAAGUCUUCAAGCCAUUCGCUGGAUUAUUACUCAAGAGGAUCGUGAGGAUGAUCUCUUUCAUACUCAGGAGCACCAUCUCCAUCGGCUACAUCAUCGCUGAUGCCCUCCUGAUGCUUGUGGACUGGUCUGAAGUAUCUGUUCCUGGAGAGGACUCGAAGGGAGAAGCCAACGAGAUGUUUGAUCUCCUGGUGAACAAAGUAGUCGCCCAAUCAUCGUCAGAGGCAAUUGUCAAGUAUAACUACAGCAUAGUCGACAUGCUGGUGAAGGCGUGGCACCAGGUGCUGGAGCCCCCCAGCUGCCUCGGCGAGAAGAUGAGCCGGAUGCCCGAGGGAGCUGCCAGACUCAUUCUCUCGUUGCUUCAGAAUGAUCUCGGUCCGAGGCUAGUGAAUGACCCUCGAGUUCUCCAGUUUUUACUCAAGUCUCUGGAGGACUGGAGGAGAAAGGAGGAGGUGCUCCUGCAGAUAUCUGCGGCCAUUGGGCUGUUCCUGAAGUUCUCAGCGCCUCUGGACCCUGACGGUCAGCAACGAGAGGAGGCCACCCGGAAAAUUCGCCUGGUGUUCAGGGCAAUACUGGAGCCCAACAGACUCAUAAAGGCUGUUCACGCCAUGUGCACAGCAUUCCCAGGCCUUCUGUACGAAUUCUAUCAAUUCGUCACUCACAAUCACCUGAAGCUCUCGUUCUCCACGAAGGUGAAGAGCAUGGAGAUGUUUCUGCUGAGGAUUCCCCAGCUGACUGACCAGGAGGUACACCAGGAGAUCGUCUACAUCAAGUUCCAGGAUCUCUUGGAUAAUAAAGUGCUGUCUUGUGAGAAGAUCUGCUUGGAGAUAAUCCUGAGUCUCGCCAAGAGACUCCGCAGCGAGACUCUGCUCCCCCUGGCCCGUCUAGCUGCUAACUACGCCAACCACGAGACCCUGGCGUACAGAACCCUCGUCUACGACAUCUUCGUGAGUAUCUUUAAACACUACAUCGACGACAUCUCCAAGGACCAGUCAGGAGAGACUCUGGUGGAUUUGAGCCAGAGAAUCCUGCUCUCUGGGCUUUUGGACCCCUCGGAGUCCCUUCAGCAAAAAUGCAUGAGUUUUUGGACUGAAGAGGCCCAAUUCCGAACCAAUUGUUCUGAAAGAAUACUCGACAUCCUGGGCAACUACUCUCCCGAACUCGCCCAGAACUUCCUCCCAAUCUUUGGAAUUUUAUUCCUGAAUUUAUCGAAGAAAUCCCCGAAUUAUGAGUCGAAAUUGUUCAUCCCCCUCGACAAAGACUGCAACUACAGGAACUACAAGAUCGCUACCUCCUGGAGGAUGAAGAACCUCAGUUACAGAGUUCCCCUCUUCAUCCCCUCGUACGCCAGCCAGUGCAGCCAGCGUUUCACAAUGUCGAUAUUAUCAUCAGACGAUUUCACCUCUACGAAUGAAGACUUGAUGGUCAGAGCGACGAAUCCCCUGGAGUUCGAGCCGACGAUAGCUGAGACCUUUCUGGCCGAGGAGAACCCCUCGAGUUCUGCUGCUUCGGACGUCUUCGUGGUGCCAGCAACUCCCUCGAGGUUCUCCCGAAGAUUCGUGGCGAGACAAUCCUCGUCCUCCAAGAGGUACCAGGCCCUCCAGCCUCGUCAGGACUCCCCCAGGUCCCAAACGAUGAGGCAGACGAGCUCGAUAAGACUCAGCAGAGGCUACAGGAUCGGUGAACUCCCAGACAUCGAGAUAACUCACGAGACAGUUCUCAAUCCCCUCCAGGAGCUCAUCAAGAAGGACCCCCUGAUCUGCAAGAACCUGAUGAUCUCCAUCAUUUGUUCUGUGAUGAAGAAACUCCAGAGUCAUCGAGAGGUUGAGAAGAGGAGGUUCUACGUGGAGUUUACGGGAAAGGUCUCCAAGAUGUUCGAGAUGAUCUUCAGGAGCCAACGAGGAGACGGGCUGACGAUCGCUGCAGCUAUGGAAGUCAUCCUGAAGAAUCCAGAUUUGAGUUUUACUCCAACAAUAGUUUCCCAGGCGGCUAAGGCCACCGGACUGGAGGUCCUGGGUGCUCUGCUGAUUGAGAAGAGGUUGAUGGCAGGUCCUGAGAGUGGGGAGAGCUCCUCGAAGAGGUCCAGACUCCUCGAAGAAGUUGGAAACACAGUGGAGGAGUGGGUGAACCUUGGAGAGCUCUACGAGUCCAUAAACGACCACGACAUCUUCUUAAGUGUCUUCAGGAACCACGUCCCAGGGGAGGAGCUGAACGCAGCGUCGUCAGCUCGCUGCAGGAAUUCCUGGGAAGAAGCUAGAUCUCAUUACGAGGAAGCUAUCGUUAAGGAGAAGGGGGCGAUUCGUCGUCACUGCAGGCGAGGGCUAUUGGAGUGUCUGGCACGUCUCUCUGACUGGGAGCAGAUCUCCAGCUACACCCUCGAGGUUCUCGGUGAAAACCAGAGUCUCCUGCAACUCCUGGCGGUGACAGGGUCCUCCAGACACUCCUGGAUGAUCCCCUGGUACUUCAAAUCUAGGAUCUACCAGAUCUUCGUGGACUCAAACUCUGCGGAAAUGUUUUCAGCGGAUUUGAUGGCUGUCACGAGUUCUGAGGAAGGUCGAAGACUGGUGGAGGAUCGUUUCACUGAGGAAUUAGCAGUGCUCCACUCCACGAAGAUGAACGAGCACGCGAGGGCGUUGGUGCUCACUGGCCUGAGAAAGACGAAGGAUCGAUGGAGUCAGUUGAGUCCUCUCUCUGUUCAGCUGCGACUUCAGGAGGUGGUGAAAUUACGAGGACUUUGUGAUACGAGGCUCUACAGGGAUGCCUUGGCAGAUCUGCGCCGAGGGACGUCAGCUGCCACUGAGGACCUGAUCGACUACUGGGAGAGGAGUUUCCCCAUCCCCCAGGACGACUUCCUCCCCUGGGACAUUCACCUGGCCCAGAGGACGCACAUGACAAACGUCUUGAAGAAUAAAAUCAGUGAAUCUGAGCAUCUGCCUGAGACCCUCUCUCCUAGAUUAUCGACGCUGGAGGUGCUCCAGAAGAUGGCGUUCAUAAAAUCAUCUUAUCUCAACAGAAACCCCGUUCUGAUGGCUAAAUACAUGGUGGAGGUGAAGGAUUCAAUCCCUGAUAUGACGCCAGACAUACAGACACAAUUCGAAUUGAACAAGAUCCAGAUAAAGUUCCUGAGGGGGCAGCUGGGGUCUGACGAAGCCAAAAUGAAGAACCUUCGAGUCUGCAAGGAGAAGUCCGAGGAGCUACUGAUAAUAGAAAACAUCAGCAUCGACGCAGCUAUCGAGAACCUGCAGUUGAUGGCUGACUGGUCUCUGGAGAUGCUGGUCCUGAGGGAUUCAGACGAGGAGAUGUUCAACAGGAUCAUCUCCAAGCUGAUUGAAUCCUCCUCGUACCUUCCCACAGGUCUCCAGCUGGAGGACUACCCCCUGGACAGAUUCAAGAGGGCGAUAGGGCUCGUCACAGUAGAACCCACCCCCAAACGCCUGCAGGACUCCCACCUGAAGACUCUGAAAUACUGUCACACCAGGAUUGUCGAUGGGACCGACAACGAGGAGAUCCGCGAGACAUUUAUUGAAUCGACCCUGAAAGCCAUCAACUAUGGCUGCAACGAGGCGAUGAACUACUUCCCCUCUCUCCUGAAGGAGAACUAUCUGAGGGACUACGACAUGAGGUACUUCUUCAUGGAGUUGACUAAUGAAAUCCCCAGUUGGAAGUUCCUCAGGUGGCAGCCCCAGCUCUUCAUCCACCUGUCGUCCACACUUCGCCAGACUGUUGCUCCCAUCAUCGAGAGACUGGCUGAUGACUACCCAAAUGCAUUGUUCUACAGUCUUCAAUCCACCCUGGACAGCAGUCCAGAGCUGCAAGACAAUCCCACGAUACAGAAGUUGUUGAAAAAAUUCGAAGACAGGAGCGAUCUGAGGGACUUUGUGGAGGCACUGGAGUACCUGGUGAGACCAGAGUUGCUUCUCAAGUACUACCUCGAUGAUUUGGUGAGGAAUCUGCACCUGGGGAGGCACACGGUCGUCGACAGGCUCUUGAAGAGGGUUUAUCACCCCAGCAAUCCGUCCAUGCGAGGGGACUUGUACAAAUACAUUUCUCCUUUUGAAAACCAAGUCGUGAGGAUCAGGGAGAUGCCUCAGGGGGAGGUCGGAGGGUUCGUGGAGACCCUGAAGAGUCAACUGGAUGCUUCCCUGAGGAAGCACAAGGACAGCAACAGGUUGAGGGACUACAGCCCCUACCUCAGUCAGAUUAACGAUUCCGCCCUGGAGGUGCCUGGUUUGUACUCCGGAGAGAGCUGUCCGGACCCCGGGUAUCGUCCCAGGAUCAUGAAGAUCGAGGGGAAGGUGCAGGUGAUGAAUUCCGCGAGGAAACCCAUCAGGAUUACCAUCGUUGGGGACGACACCAAGUCGUACAAAUUCUUGGUGAAGUUUGGAGAGGAUCUCAGAGUUGAUCAACGCCUCCAGCAGACCUUCAACGUGAUGAACGAGGUGCUGAGGGCGGACCUCUGCUGCUCCCAGAGGAACCUCUCCAUCAAGACCUUCAAAGUGAUCCCCCUCUCCUCGAGGCUGGGCCUCAUAGAGUGGAUUGAGAAUGCGAGAACUCUUCAGGAGUUCAUCACGUUCACCUGGAGCGAUGCGCAGAAGAAUUAUCUGCAGGUGUUGGACAGGGAUUACGAGGGGUGGAUCGGCGAGUGCAGCACUGGUGAGGGGAAGAGGGCGGUGAAGUACAGGGAUGCUGUUCUCAAACGAUCUGCUGAGGAGACGAUUCGGAAGAUGAGCUCUUUAAUUGCUAAGACUGACUCAGCUGCUCUCAGGAGGACUUUCGAGGUGAUCAGCCCGUCCGCAGAGAGCUUCGUGUCUUUCAGGAGGAAUUUUGUUACUUCGUACUCGGUGAUGUGUGUGGCACAGUGGAUCCUGGGGAUCGGGGACAGGCACCUCGAGAACACUAUGGUUGGGGUCGAGUCUGGCGAGUGCACUGGCAUCGAUUUUGCGUCGGCUUUUGGAGGGGGAAUUGAUCAGUCGGUUCCUGAGUUGAUGCCAUUCAGGCUCACGAAGCAGAUACUGAAGCUCGUGGAGCCCUUCGACGAGGGGGAUCUCGUCUCGGAGACGAUGGAACAUGCUCUGAGGGCCAUGAGGAGCAACAGGGGACUAAUUUCCGGAGUUCUGGGGGUCAUUAUUCACGAGAAGUUGAAUUGGUUCCCAUCCAAGAGGAAAUUUGAGUGCGAGAGCCGGGAGGAGGGAGCAGAGAUCGACUGGAUGCCCAGGUGGAAGCUCGAAGUGGUUAUGAGGAAGCUGAAGGGCGAUCAUCCCUCGGAGGUCAUGGUCGACGAACUGAGGGGGCAGCAUUGCGAGGCGAUGGUUAAGAGAUAUGAGGCAAUCAUCAGAGGGACGGACUCUCGUGAAAAGUCCCUGAGAUCGAGGCUCAGGGGGACAGGCCUCAGUAGUAGAGAGCAACUGCAAUGUCUCUUGGAACAGGCGACCGAUUUGAAUGUUCUGGGGAGGACUUAUGUCGGGUGGAGACCGUAUUUGUAGAGAGGAAAAUGCGGACAAAGGACAAUAUCGUGGGUAAGAUAUAGGGGAGGCUGGGGUAAAACGGCCAUUUUUGACUUUUUUUAAAAUGUUAGUGAGGGGUUGAAAUGGUGAUAACAUUUAAUAUAUUUUUUCAAUACAAAGAACUACUUUUUCCCUUUGUAACGAGCCCAAACUGAGCUCAAUUGAUAUAUUUGUUUCUGAGUUAUGAAUAAUUGUGAGAGUUUGAUUGUGAAUAAAUGUUCACAUUUUUGUAA